AUGAGAAAGAAUCACAUUCCAUUCCAUAAAGCUACUCUAUUCCAUUCCCUCUGUUUUCAGGUUUCCUCUGGACAAAUUGUUGUCAUUGAAACGGUUGCUCUUAGCUGUAUUCAUUCUGAAAGUGUCUUAAAAGAGAUCCCUUCUUCAAUCGUGUAUGAGGAUGAAAAAGUUAUUUCUUUUCGUGAUAUUAAUCCUCAAGCCCCUGCUCAUGUUUUAGUAAUCCCAAAGCUCAGAGAUCGAUUAACAGAGCUUGGAAAGUUAAAUUACAGUUAUACUCCCUGUGCUUUGCUGAUUGUACACUUAAGUAAUCCCAAAGCUCAGAGAUCGAUUAACAGAGCUUGGAAAGUUAAAUUACAGUUAUACUCCCUGUGCUUUGCUGAUUGUACACUUAAGGUUAUGGUUCCUGAAUUUUUUAACCUUUCUCAUCCCUAA